AGCAGAAGGGUGCAGAUCUCUCCUCGCAGUGGCGUGAGGUUGCGGUUGUUCAUCCUUUUCGCUUCUAUCCGAUGAACCCUUUCCCCGCCAGACCACAUUCGCCUUGAGAACCAGCUCCCUUUCGUCGCAUUUCGCCUUUCCCCGCUCUCCCGAAUGGCGUGUUGCAACUGGCUCAUGUUCAUCUUCAUCGGCACUUUGUCCCUUGGCUUGUGUGGGUCUUUGACCCCCGGCUUGUCUGACUGGAGGCCUGACCGACUGACUGCCGAUCAGUCCAUUGCAUUGAAGACGGCUUUGAGCAUGUUCUACGCCUCCCAGAAGCGGCUGUUCUCCAGCGCUGUGGGCAUCGCCCUAGAUGGAGCCGACCCUUUUCGGCUGUUCCUGUUCAGCGACCCUCUCUUUGCCUUCUUGGCCAACGAAGCCAUAGCAACGGAGGAGCUGGAGAAAUAUUCAGUGAGCGAGAUCCGUGGCUACACCGACCGCCUCAUCGGGGCGGUUGCGACCUCCACCGACCGCAGGCGGCAGUGGGCGGCUACGUACCUUUUGGGCUUCCUGUUCCACCUCAGAGAGUCCUGCCCAUCGUGCCUUGAUGAUCGGGAAGCGUAUGGCCCAACUUUUGAGGCGGUGGUGGGCCAGCUGGUGACGGAGAAGGGGCAAAGGGCCCUCAAGGUGUUGGCUGGCCUUUUGCAAGACAGACCAGCCACGUGGAUAGCAGAUGUCGAGCUCGCCCUACAGACUCCCUAUUGGCUAGCAAGUCGGGCGCAACACGCAGACGACUGGUACAUAUAUGUAUUAAUGUGUGCCUGUGUGUGUGUGUGUGUGUGUGUGUGUGUAUAUGUGUUCAGUGCAUGGAUCUGGCAAGUAUGUGCUGGAUGCUGGCUUCAUCCCCGCGAUGGUUAGCGUCCUGCGAGGUGUACAGUCCCUACCCCAAGCUUCUCGCAAGACUGCCCGCGCUGUGAAUGUCCUUGACACCCUUGUGGAGAGAAAUGAACAGGUCUGUCGGUCACGGUGGUGUUAUGGUGGACAGAUGUGACAUGUUGGUGUGUUCUUCAGGCGUUCGUCGAGACUGCUGCUUCCCACGAGGAGCUAAUGGACGUCCUCAUCAAGUGCCUGGUGGCGAUCAAGGGAGGCAAGAUCAGCGAGGAGGAGGAUGCAGCAGCCAAGAUCCUGGGCGCCAUCGAAUCACUUCUAUCGUAAGCUAGCAUUGUCAACAGAUCGACAGUUGCCUGUACGCCGGCGCGGUUGGUCGACAGGUAUGGCGCCAGACAGGUAGCGGCGCGGAAAUGGGACACAGACCGCUUUGAAGGCCGCUGGAACAGGGUGAGACAGGCAAAUGAAUCCCUGCUGUAGUCUCUGUUCUCCUUUGUCUGUUCAGACGGCCAUGUCCCUCUCUAAGGGUGAAUUGCGUGCCUUGCAGAGUGUCUAUGACAUGAGUGUACUGAACGAGAAGGAGAGAACGACUCAAUGGCCGUCACAUGGGGUAUGUAAACUAACUACGUUCCACACAUGGUCCAUUCUGAUUCCUUCCCUUUUGUUUUGUGUGCAGUGGUUCGUUCUUGCGACUUUCUGUGCCGUGAACUUCCUUGUUGCCGUCGGCCGCUGGUGGCCAGGGCGGUCGGGCACGGCCGGACGUUCGGGCAAUAGGUGUAGAACCAGCAGAGCGACCCAGGCAGCCACCUAUGCGUAAGCAAGAGGUACGGCGGCUAGCCUACCACAGCAACAAGGCUCUUUGGUGCAUGCAGGUUAGACCCUCAGGAGCAGGCCAACAGGGCGGCCAGAGCCACUGCGCAGCUUAAGAACGACAUACACGAUGCCAGCAACAGGAAACACAGGUCACAUUCAAACCACCGACUCAGCCAGACAAUGCAGAGAUGGCUGUGUGUGCACCGCUCCUUUCUGCAGUUUGUCGUGUCGAUAUGAGGAGCUGUCCGAUGCGCAUCGACGUGCUGUAGAGCGGAAGAAGCAGCUCCAAGAGGCCAUACGAGAGAUGAAAGGCAACACCAUACCAGAGUGUGUGGACAACGAAGACACGCGUGCCCAUAAAACACACACAUGCACAUCUUGAUGGUGCUGUGUUGGCCUUGCAGGCUGAGUAGUGACGUGUUGGCGUCGUGUGAGAGUGCUGCUGAUGCACACGCAUUUGCUGACAAGGUCAAGCAGGAGCACGAGCGGCUCGACCAGCUGUACGACCAGAUCAACGCCGCGGAGCGCACCGGUAUUAAGCUGCUGGGGAUACCUAUGGAAUCUUUGGACUGCGAAGAUGGCUCGACGGCAGCCACUGGAGCGAGGUUAGAGCAUAAACUGAGCCAGGCGUCCUCUCUCGCGCCACCACGUCCAUCUCUCAAUGUCCGUUGUCUGCAGCUCGCCGGUGUCUGCUUCCUCUUCUCAUUCACGAGAGGCGUCUGUGUCGGCCGAGCCGCCAGCCACCGAGGCCCAGCUGCGGAAGACGCUGCAGACACUCAAGGGCGACAUACGCAAGUAAGACAGACAGCAACAGCCACCUGAUGAGCUGAUGCCUCCAUCUACCUCAUUUACCUGCAGAUUGGAGUCGGGUAUCGCUGCCAUGCGGGUCAACUGCGACAGGGUGAGGGCGUCGCUGCAGCCGCUCGAGCAAGAGCAUGACACACUGGUGCAGGAGGCAGCCAAAGGGUACGCAACGAUGACUCCAUGCGCCGGCAUUCCGUUCAUUCGUUGUCUUUGUCGUUUUUAUGGUCAGUUUGACGAAGCAGCGGCUGGCGACCCUUAGCAGCAGUGCGGCCGUGAGUGCCUUCAAGGCGGAGGUCAAGCAGCGACAGCGGCAGCUGCUGGCCCUCUAUGCAGAUGCCAGCAAGCUCGAGGGCCGACUGCAGGAGAGGGAGGCCCCGCCCGCUGCCGACAGAGGCACUUGUGUGCUCUGCCUCGACCAGCCGCCCACAGUGGUCUAUUUUCCAUGCAAACAGGUAAUGUACGCACAUGGCGAAAGCGGGGCUGGGGGAAUCGGACAAACGAGCCAAACGAGCCGAUCGUGUUUGUGUGUGCUGGUGACGUGUGUGUGUGUUUCCAGCAAUGCGCGUGCGCCGGAUGCCACGAACGGCUGAUGCGGACCCACGAGGCGGCCAAGAGGGAGAAGCAGCGGCUGGAGAGGACCCGCCGGCGAGUGCCCGACGACGUCAAACGCGAUGCCGUCCUGCGGUGUCCGGCGUGCCGCACAGAGGCCGAGUAUGCGAGUGACCUCCAUGGAGUUCGCUGCACGACGUGAAUGGCAGGGAGCAUAUUUGUGUGUACAGGGGAUGUGUGUACGUGUGGGGGGGAGUCGUUGCAAUGAUUUGUGCACCUACGUCGUUGGAUGACUGGCGUUUGUAUUUCUGUGUACAGGCUGUCUGCUGUCUAUAUGGAUUUGUGUGCAUGUGCCAAUAGAUGUGUUAGGCCGUCGCCUUGGGGCAUUGUUCUCUCUCUCUCUG